AUGGCCUCUCACUUGAGUGCUGAUGACUCUCAGAUGAAGAGCAAAGAUGCCUUUUCUUUGCAUACCCCUGCCUCAUCCCUUCCGGGUACCCCUGGUGGUACUAUGGGACACCACACUCCCAACGUCCAGAGUAUCCGUCGUCAAACCGCUGGCCAUCGUGGCCCACUUCAAAAGAUCCUGGUUGCUAACCGAGGGGAAAUAGCAAUCAGAGUCUUCAGGACGGCUCAUGAACUUGCCAUGCACACGGUAGCCAUCUAUUCCCACGAGGAUCGCAUGAGUGCACAUCGUCAUAAGGCAGACGAGGCUUACAUGGUUGGGAAAGGCUGUACUCCCGUUGGCGCUUACCUGGCUCAAGAUGAUAUCAUCCGUCUUGCACUUGAGCAUGGAGUGGACAUGAUCCACCCGGGCUAUGGAUUUCUUGCGGAAAAUGCAAGUUUUGCUAAGAAGGUAGAAGAUGCCGGUCUGGCGUUCGUUGGUCCACAACCAGAGGUGAUCGACGGCCUGGGAGACAAGGUUAAAGCAAGAACCUUAGCUAUCAAGUGUGGUGUUCCUGUUGUUCCGGGCACCGAGGGUGCCAUCGCAAGCUACGAUCUGGCCGAUGCCUUCAUCAAGGAGCAUGGUUUUCCAGUUAUCAUCAAAGCCGCCAUGGGUGGAGGAGGCCGUGGAAUGAGAGUUGUGAGAGCCGCCGAGGACUUUAAAGAGUCCUUUGAGCGUGCCGUCUCUGAAGCCAAGUCGGCUUUCGGUGAUGGUACUGUGUUCAUCGAACGUUUCCUCGACAAGCCACGCCACAUCGAGGUCCAGCUUUUGGGAGAUAAUCUUGGCAAUGUCAUUCACCUUUUCGAACGAGACUGCUCCGUCCAACGUCGUCACCAGAAGGUGGUCGAGCUUGCCCCUGCUUCAAACUUAACCGAAGAAGUUCGCACUCGGAUCCUCGACGAUGCCAAGAAGCUGGCACAGGCAGUCAAAUAUCGAAACGCCGGUACGGCUGAAUUCCUUGUUGAUCAACAAGGCCGACACCAUUUUAUCGAAAUCAACCCACGAAUUCAGGUAGAACAUACGAUCACCGAAGAAAUCACUGGGAUUGACAUCGUUGCUGCGCAGAUCCAAAUUGCCGCUGGCGCUACGUUGAGCGAACUUGGUCUAACUCAGGAGGCUGUCUCGAAGCGGGGAUAUGCGAUUCAAUGUCGAGUAACAACAGAAGACCCGGCAAUGGGCUUUCAGCCAGAUACCGGGAAGAUUGAAGUCUAUCGUUCUGCGGGUGGUAACGGUGUUCGACUGGAUGCCUCUUCCGGAUUUGCCGGUGCUCAGAUCACACCUCAUUACGACAGUUUGCUCACAAAGGUAACUGUUCGUGGGGCGACAUUUGAGAUUGCAAGACGGAAGAUGUUGAGGGCAUUGGUUGAAUUUAGAAUUAGAGGAGUCAAGACCAACAUCCCCUUUCUAUUCCGAGUCCUCUCUCACGAGACGUUUGUCGCUUCUCAAACUUGGACGACCUUUAUCGAUGACACGCCAGCUUUGUUCCACUUGAUUAGUAGUCAAAAUCGUGCGCAAAAGCUACUUGGCUACCUAGGAGACCUUGUGGUUAACGGUAGCAGCAUCAAAGGUCAACAAGGCGAGCCUGGCCUUAAAGACGAGAUCGUAAUCCCCACUCUAGCUCAUCGUACGGAUCCAUCCAAGACGCUCGAUGUCUCACUAACGUGUCAACAGGGUUGGCGAACAAUUCUCAAAGCCCAGGGCCCGGCCGGCUUUGCAAAAGCAGUCCGUGACUAUAAGGGCUGCUUGAUCAUGGACACUACUUGGCGUGAUGCCCAUCAAUCUCUACUUGCCACCCGACUUCGAACGAUAGAUAUUCUUAACAUCGCCCGCGAGACAUCCCAUGCAUUGGCCAACGCCUUUUCUCUUGAAUGUUGGGGCGGGGCUACUUUUGAUGUUGCCAUGCGAUUUUUGUACGAAGACCCUUGGGAGAGACUUCGCAAGAUCCGAAAACUAGUGCCCAAUGUCCCCUUGCAAGCAUUGAUCCGAGGGGCUAACGCCGUUGGUUAUACCUCUUAUCCGGACAAUGCCAUUUACGAAUUCUCGAAAAAGGCAGUCGAGAACGGAUUGGACAUUUUCCGUGUUUUUGAUUCAUUGAAUUACUUGGAAAACAUGAAGAUUGGAAUUGAUGCAGCCAAGAAGGCCGGAGGUGUGGUCGAGGGCACAAUCUGUUAUACCGGUGAUGUCGCCAACCCUGCGAAGACCAAAUAUACUCUAGAAUAUUACUUGAAAUUCGCGUCAGAACUUGUAGCCGAAGGAAUUCACGUCUUGGGGAUCAAGGAUAUGGCUGGAUUAUUGACACCCAGAGCUGCCAAAAUCUUGAUUAGUGCGCUACGCAACGAACACCCAGAUCUACCAAUCCACGUCCACUCCCACGAUACCGCUGGCAUAUCUCUAGCUACAAUGCUACAGUGCGCCGAGUCUGGGGCAGAUGUAGUAGACUGUGCCAUUGAUAGCAUGUCAGGUAUGACUUCACAAUGCGCAAUGGGUGCCUUAUGUGCUGCCUUGGAGCAAAACGGACUUGGUACCGGUAUUCGGUUUGAAGAUAUCCAAGCACUGAAUCUUUACUGGUCUCAAUGCCGUCUUCUGUACAGCUGCUUUGACGCUAACGUCAAAUCAAGUGAUUCGGGCGUCUACGAACACGAAAUGCCAGGUGGACAAUAUACCAACUUGAUGUUCCAAAGUCAGCAACUUGGAUUGGGUACGCAAUGGGCAGCCGUCAAAAACGCUUAUAUCGAAGCCAACCAGCUCUGUGGCGAUAUCGUGAAAGUGACGCCUUCGUCGAAGGUUGUCGGAGAUUUUGCGCAAUUCAUGGUCACUAACAAGUUGAAGCGGGCCGAUGUGGAAGAACGGGCUUCCAAACUUGAUUUCCCCAAUUCGGUUGUCGAGUUCUUCCAAGGAUAUCUUGGCCAACCUGUUGGCGGCUUUCCUGAACCUCUACGAACUCACAUCAUUCGUGAUAAGCCCAGAAUUGAAGGCAGACCUGGCAUGUCAUUACCUCCUUACAACUUUGAAGCAACUCGCAAAGAGUUGCAGGACAAAUUCGGCAAGAGCAUUACAUCCACCGAUGUAUUGUCUCACUGUAUGUACCCCAAAGUGUUCGAAGACUUUAGGGAAUUUUUAUCCAAGUAUGGCGAUCUAUCGAUAUUACCCACUCGACACUUCUUGGCAAAACCUGAGGUCGGCGAGGAAAUGCACAUUGCAAUCGAGCAAGGCAAGACCUUGAUUGUCAAGCUAUUAGCAUCUGGCCCUGUCAAUCCUGAGACUGGUGUUAGAGAAGUUUUCUUCGAACUGAAUGGGGAGACUCGAGCAGUUCAGGUUGAAGAUCGAAGCGCUGCAGUUGAAACCGCUCAUCGUGAGAAGGCAACCUCCGAUCCGGGCUCAGUAGGAUCGCCGAUGGCCGGAGUGGUUGUCGAGAUCCGGGUCCAAGAGGGACAUGAAGUCAAGGCCGGCGAUCCCAUCUGUAUCAUGUCGGCCAUGAAAAUGGAACAAAACGUGACCGCGCCUGUUGGCGGAAAAGUUUCGCGGGUGGCUAUCCAACCUGGUGACAGCAUCGGAUCGGGUGACUUAAUUGUCGAGAUCAAACAUAAGUAG